GGUACCUCGUGUACCAGAGUGACGAACGAAAGCAGGGGAAAGAGUUUUCCACCCACCUGGCAGGCCAGGGCUCAUAAACAGGACAGUUACACAAAAAUGCUCUCAGACUUUAGCUUCAACGAAACACGAGGCAGGAGGCUGGCUCACUAAAAGGGGCUGAAACGCACACAUAGCUUCUGUCAGAUACACAGAGACCGGUGAGUAUUACACUGCUGGGACUGAGGAGCAGGAUUUUACUACAGGACGUCUGCAGGAACAGAAGGAUCCUGGAUGGACACCCUUUGCAGUAUCAGUGGCUUGGAUCCUCUCUGGGACUGGAAUCUCACAUGGUAUACACCACACCCAGACCUCACCCAAUGCUUCCAGCACACAGUACUGGUGUGGUUUCCCUGUUUCUAUCUGUGGAUUUGUGCCCCUUUCUACUGCUUGUACCUCAGAUUCUACGACCAUGGACGUAUAUCCAUAUCAAGUCUUUGCUGUGCCAAGAUGGGUUUGGGUCUUUGUCUGGCUUCUUUUGGUUUCUUGGAGUUGGUCUAUCUGUUGGUGGAAAGGAACAAAGAGAUUGAGCAUCAUAUGGUCUUUCUCCUGAGCCCGAUCAUUCGCAGUCUUACAAUGAUACUGGCAGUGUUUGUGAUGCACCUGGAGAGGGUGUGGGGAUGUCGUUCCUCUGUUUUCCUCUUCUUGUUCUGGAUACUGACAGUGGUGUGUUCACUGGUGCCUCUCAGAGCCAAUAUACAAGCCAUCAUAGACCAGGGUUUCUCUACAGACGCGAUGAGAUUUUUGGCGUUUUUCGUGUUCUUCUCCCUCCAGCUGACUCAACUCAUCCUCAGCUGUUUCGCUGAUCGGCGUCCAGAGACUCUCAAGCCUGUUUAUGUAAAGAACCUCUGUCCAGUUGAGGAUGCUUCUUUCUUAUCAAAACUGCUGUUUUGGUGGUAUGGCAGAUUAGUGGUUAAAGGCUAUCGCUCCCCUUUAAAAGCUGAAGAUCUCUGGUCUCUACGAGAAGAGGAUACAUCUGAAAAAAUCAUCCGUGAUUUUGAGAAAGAAUGGGCCAAGCAGUGGUCCAAACUCCAGCAGCAGGAGUGUUCUUUGAACGCAGCUCAGGCUCUUGGUUAUAAGAUAAGUGAGCAAACACAGCUGCUCAGAAAACUCCAUAAAGAACAAAGCUCAGGCUUCUGUUUGCUUCGGACACUAGCCAAAACCUUUGGCCCCUAUUUUUUGACUGGGACUCUCUGUCUGGUCAUCCAAGAUGCUUUCAUGUUCUCCAUCCCACAGGUGUUAAGUCUUCUGCUUGGCUUUGUGAGGGAUGAAGACGCCCCCUUGUGGAAGGGUUACCUAUUUGCUUUUAUGAUGUUCCUGUUGUCUUGUCUUCAGUCCCUGUUCAACCAUCAGUACAUGUAUACCUGCUUCACAGUGGGAAUGAGGGUUAAAACUGCAGUUAUGGGUCUAGUAUACAGGAAGUCUCUGGUCAUCAACAGCGCGGCCCGUAGAACAUGCACAGUGGGUGAGAUCGUGAACCUGGUUUCUGCCGACACCCAGAAACUGAUGGAUUUCGUGGUGUACUUCAAUGCAGCUUGGGUUGCCCCGAUUGAAAUCGCCUUGUGUCUUUUCUUCCUUUGGCAGCGUCUGGGACCAUCGGCCCUGGCAGGCAUUGCCACAGUGAUUCUCAUCUUUCCUUUGAACGGGUUCAUCGCCAAAAUGAGGAGCAAGCUCCAGGAGGUCCAGAUGAAGUACAUGGAUGGACGGAUCAAGCUGAUGAAUGAGAUCUUAAGCGGAAUAAAGAUCCUGAAGUUUUACGCCUGGGAGAAUGCCUUCAGAGAACGUGUUCUCGGCUAUAGAGAGAAAGAGCUCAACGCUCUGAAGAAAUCUCAGAUCCUGUACUCCUUAUCUAUUGCCUCCUUCAACUCCUCCACCUUCUUGAUUGCGUUCACCAUGUUUGGAGUGUAUGUGCUGAUAGAUGAUAAACACGUUCUGGAUGCUCAGAAGGUUUUUGUGUCCAUGGCCCUCAUCAAUAUUCUGAAAACUCCUCUCAGUCAACUUCCCUUUGCAAUGAGCACUAGCAUGCAGGCAUUAGUUUCUCUCAAACGUCUGGGGAAGUUUCUCUGUCAGGAUGAGCUGAAGGAGGGUAAUGUGGAGAGAAUUCCUUACAGCCCUGAUGUCGAUAGUGUUGCUAUCAAUAACGGCACCUUCAGCUGGUCAAAAGAUGGCCUACCAUGCCUCAAGAAGAUCAAUGUGAAAGUGCAGCAUGGCUCUCUGGUGGCUGUGGUGGGGCAUGUGGGAAGUGGAAAAUCUUCUCUUCUGUCUGCAAUGCUAGGAGAGAUGGAAAAGAAAAGCUGCCAUGUUACAGUUCAAGGUUCUGUGGCUUACGUGCCUCAGCAGGCCUGGAUCCAGAACGCCACUCUCAAAGACAACAUUUUGUUUGGACGGGAGAGAAUACCCACCUGGUACCAAAAAGUAUUGGAGGCCUGUGCUCUUCUACCAGACCUGGAGAUCCUACCUGCAAGAGAUGCCACAGAGAUUGGAGAGAAAGGACUGAAUCUGUCCGGAGGUCAGAAACAGAGAGUGAGUCUGGCACGUGCCGUGUACAGAAAAGCUGAUGUCUAUCUCCUGGAUGAUCCUCUGUCGGCCGUGGAUGCACAUGUGGGUCAGCACAUCUUCGAAAAAGUCAUUGGACCUAAUGGAGUUCUUAAAAAUAAGACUCGUAUUCUGGUGACGCACGGGCUGAGCUUCCUGCCGCUGGCAGACCUGAUCCUGGUGAUGGUGGAUGGAGAGAUCACAGAGAUGGGCUCUUAUUCUGAGCUUCUGAGCAGGGAAGAUGCAUUUGCUGACUUUGUUAAAGCUUUUGCUGUUAGUGAACGCAAGGAGAACGCCACACUUAAAGGAACCAGGAAAUCUGUCUCUCGUCUCAGUAUGACAGACUUCUCUAUUGAUCUCUCCCAAGAGCAACUCAUCAGUGGAGAUAUGGGAAGUGCAAAUAUACAAACCAUGGAGGCCAUAUCUGACACAGAACAAGAGCAGGACCAGGAGGAAGUUGGCAGACUCACCCAGGCUGACAAAGCCCAUACAGGCCGUGUGAAGCUGGAGUUGUAUGUGGAGUAUUUCAGGACCAUCGGUCUGGCUCUCAUCAUCCCCAUCAUCUUCCUCUACGCAUUCCAGCAAGCCGCCUCGCUGGCCUACAACUACUGGCUGAGCUUGUGGGCGGAUGACCCAGUUGUAAAUGGGACGCAAGUGGACACGGAUCUGAAGCUUGGUGUGUUUGGAGCGCUCGGCUUUGCACAAGGAAUUGGGAUUUUUGGAACCACCGUGGCUAUUUCACUAGGAGGAAUAAUUGCGUCCCGCCAUCUUCACUUGGACCUUCUCAACAAUGUGCUUCACUCGCCCAUGUCCUUCUUUGAGAGCACACCCAGCGGAAACCUUCUCAACCGCUUCUCCAAAGAGAUAGACGCCAUUGACUGCAUGAUCCCCGAUGGUCUGAAGAUGAUGUUGGGCUAUGUGUUCAAACUGCUGGAGGUUUGCAUUAUCGUAAUGUUGGCGACUCCUUUUGCUGGAUUGAUCAUAUUGCCACUGACUCUACUUUAUGCCUUCGUUCAGAGCUUCUACGUAGCCACAUCUUGCCAAUUGCGUAGACUUGAGUCUGUGAGUCGUUCACCCAUCUAUACUCACUUCAAUGAGACGGUCCAAGGAGCCAGUGUGAUCCGUGCAUUUGGAGAACAGCCCAGGUUCAUCCUAUUGGCUAACAGUCGAGUUGACCACAACCAAACUUCCUACUUCCCAAGAUUCGUGGCCACCAGGUGGCUGGCGGUGAAUCUUGAGUUCCUGGGUAAUUUGCUAGUCCUUGCUGCAGCCAUCCUUUCCGUCAUAGGAAGAGCGACUUUAAGCCCUGGAAUUGUGGGUCUCGCUGUGUCCCAUUCUCUCCAGGUAACUGGGAUCCUGAGUUGGAUUGUGAGGGCAUGGACAGAUGUAGAAAACAACAUAGUCUCUGUUGAGAGAGUAAAUGAAUAUGCUGAAACUCCAAAAGAGGCACCAUGGACAUUAGAGGACAGUCGACUGCCUCUAGGUUGGCCCAGAACCGGAUCCAUUGAGUUCAAGCAAUAUGGACUUCAGUACCGCAGGGGUCUUGACUGGGCCUUGAAAGAAAUCACUCUCGGAGUUAAUGAGAGAGAGAAGGUUGGAAUUGUGGGAAGAACAGGUGCUGGAAAGUCAUCUCUUGCUUUAGGAAUCUUCCGGAUCCUUGAAGCAGCAAAGGGAAAGAUCUUCAUAGACAGGUUAAACAUUGCAGAGAUCGGCUUGCAUGAACUGAGGUCUCGUAUCACCAUCAUCCCACAGGACCCAGUGCUGUUCUCAGGUUCCCUGCGUAUGAAUCUGGACCCGUUUGAUGGCUACACCGAUGAGGAGGUGUGGAGAGCUCUGGAACUCGCACAUCUCAAGAACUUUGUGUCUGGGCUGCCUGACAAGCUGAACCACGAGUGUUCAGAGGGAGGUGAAAACCUCAGUUUGGGUCAGAGGCAACUGGUUUGUCUGGCUCGAGCUCUUCUCAGGAAGACCAAGUUUCUGGUUUUGGAUGAAGCCACAGCAGCUGUGGACCUGGAGACUGACAAUCUGAUUCAGUCCACCAUCAGAACUCAGUUUGAGGACUGCACCGUUCUGACCAUCGCACACCGCCUCAACACCAUCAUGGACUACACUAGGGUGAUCGUGAUGGACAGAGGUUACAUCACAGAAAUGGACACUCCAUCCAAUCUAAUCUCUCAACGUGGUCAGUUUUAUGGAAUGUGUCGGGAGGCGGGACUAAUGUGAAACCCCUGAAGUGAACACCAGUGAGAAAAAGAAAGAAUUGUGGAGCAGAAUACAGCGUACAGCCUUUUCAUCACAAACGUUACAAUAUGGCAUGGCCUCCAUCAGGAUGAAAAGGAUUUGCUCUGUACAGAAGUGGUGAUUUACAGGGUAUUCCUGUAUUUUCUACAACAGACGUCUGGGGUGCUACAGAACGUAAAAACUUGUAAUGUUAACUUACCACAAAGGUAUUGAGUGGCUGAACAUUGUGCACACAUCAGAUGGUCAGAGACUGUGCUCAUCCUUGUUCAACUCAACUUUGUGUUGCUGGCGAAGUGAAGCUUAGACUGUUAGAAUUAGCCACCUGUUUAGGCUAUUAUUAGUUUCAUGAACAUGUCUGAACAUUUCACUAGGAAAGGUGAGGUUUAGGUAAUCACAUUUUUUUAACGAAAAAGCUACAGUAUCAUUCAGAAAUUGCCUAGUAAAAAUGUCAGGUUUUCUAGCCUAAAUUUUAAAUCAGUAUUUAAGUAGUUUGUACUGUAUCAUGUAUUUUUUAAAUAUUUAUAAAAUGCUUCUAUGCACAUGUCAUGCGUGACUGUCAGACUUGAAAAUUUCCUUUUUAUUUCUUGGACAUUUUCAGUAA